AUGUCAGUGGAUCCCACCGUUGCAGCCCUACAGCCCUCCAUCGACGUUCCCAGGGAGCAGUCACUGCAAAUAUCCAAGAGGAAUCCCUCCUUCCGUUUGAUCUCUCACCCUUCCCUCUACUCAUUUCUGGUCGUUCACCUUCGUUUGGCCUCAUCAGCUGGUCCCAUUGCUCAGCUCGGUUUCCAUUUUGCCCUUCUCAUCUUCGCAAAGGUGACCAUCCGUCAUCUCUCGACUCCUACGAUGGUCUCACAACCGCCACAGGAGACCUCUUCUGGAGAAUCUGCUUCUCGAAAAACUCCUGACAGUGAACUGGCCUCGUUUACUUUCCACUCGCAGCAACAAAAUGUCAGUCCCUUGGUUGGACGAACCCGAGCAAUAGACCCUCGAUUUCCUAUGGAUCCAUUCAUGGCACGCGCCUACAACCUAUUCGAAGGGGCGGAUCUCGCGGAUAGUCCAAUCUCCGUGGGAAGUCCGCCUGCUCAGUCUUUGCCUGUCUAUCUUGAUCCCACGCCCGCACCUGCACCCACGAGCUUGAAUUACCCUGUCGCAACUCCACCUUCGGGCUCUUACGGACGCAGCCCGUUCAGCCUGCCUUUACGGGGUCCAGCCCACACCACCUACGAUCCAUUGGCAGUCCCGGGGCCUACCUCGCACCCCCGCGAGUCUUUUGGUGUCCAGAAUAACUUCACCAGCCCUCAGAUCUCGCCGUUGCAACCCAAAGACCUACAAGCUUCAUUUUGCGAUGAGCGCCGGUUCCUUGUGCGCAAUGUGGACACGGACACGGAGGGCCUUGAGGUGGUCCAGCUGUUUCAAAACCUUGCGUCUGUCAAUGGUCCCUUUUGGACUACUUUGAACACGACUGGUCGCUUCUUCGUUUCCUUCUCUGACAGUAGAGAUGUCGAUGCUGCUAUCCAGCGCGUCAGUCGCGACUACAAGGAAUGGGAACUGAUUCCUCUCUCCGCAGAAGAUUUUGCUCGUGAUACCCGAAUGGUCACCCCAUUGCCCCUGAGCUUUGAUGACGCAGUUAUCGUCACUGUCUACUGUGGAACCUAUUCCACGAUCCAGCCUGCAAAUGUCAUCGUACGAACCAAGCAGUUUUUGGAGUUGGCUGGCAAAGUGCGCUCGAUUCAGGAGCUCCAGUUUGGUAUUCCGUCCGAUGGAUCUCGAUUGACAACUCAUGAGCUAGCCGUCAAGUACUUCGAUACUCGCCAUGCGGCCAAUGCAGUCAAGGCUUUGAAUGCUACCCGAACUGCGGAUUUUGUUAUGGAAGUCAUGCCACUCCAUCGCGAUAUGCCAACCGCCAUGCAUCGUCACUGGACUUCUGUUCCCAAAACUCGUCGGUCCUCGAUGAUUUUCCCUGGAACACCAGCACGACGCAUGUACAUGUCGCCAAGUGACCCGGAAAGUCCCCCAAUUCCGGAUGAACUCAAGCCCGCUAGGAACGUCAUUGACCUGAGGCCUGAAGAUCGAAUUGUGAUAUUGACUUUAUCUCUUUUUCCCUCGCAGGUUAUGCUUCGAAACAUACCCAACCAAAUGACUUGGGUAACGUUCUCCUCCUCCUCCAACCUGGGCUCCAGAAAAUUGACAAAAGCAAAACAGCAACAUCUGAAACAAGUCCUUGAUCUAACCAGUGCUAACUGCUAUGAUUUCAUGUACCUGCGUAUGGAUUUUGAUCAGAACCAGAGUGUUGGUUACGCCUUUGUUAACUUCAGCGUUCCCCUGGACAUCAUGGCGUUCAUGGAGGCUCGUGAGAACAUGUGUUGGCCUGGAUUCGAAACCCAUGUUGAAAAAGUCGCUGAAAUGUCCUAUGCAACGGUCCAAGGCAGGGAAGCUCUUGUCGAGAAGUUCCGGAACAGCCCGGUCAUGCUCAACCAUCCGGACAAUCGUCCCAAACUCUUCCAUACUGCUGGACCUCGUACCGGUCGACUGGCCUCAUUCCCGCCGGUGAACAACUUUUUCAUCCUGGCUAAGGGCGUUGAUCGAAGCAGACGAAGUGAGGCCCCCCCUCCAGGCCCUGGCGGCCCCCGUGGCCCCCACUCCAUGGGUUCCUCUGGUCACCCUCGCAUGGUGUCGGUUGAUAGCAACGAGUCCGGCGGCGUCAGACUUGAGCGCGAAACAUCGGUGCCAGUGCCAAUGUCAACCCCGAUCCGCGGAUCACACAACAAUGGCGACCGUUCUAACCAUGGCGAUCUUUCUAAUCAUGGCGAACGUUCCAACCACUCUGUUUCUGGUUCACACGGCCAUCCUCGUCCCAAUGGAGCUCGUGGCAAUCAUCGCUCGGGACCUCCAGGCCCCGAUCGUGGAACUGGAGCCUCGCAGUCCUGGAACAACGGUUCGCGACCCCCUCGUACCGAAUAG